UAUAUAAAGAGAAGUAUGAUAUUAUGAGUGAAGAGCAUAAAAUUAUCCCACAAUGCCAAUCCUCAAUCAACUUCUUCGUAAUUCCACUCUCAAUAACUCUCAGUUGGGUACCUUCACAAAAGUGGUAACUUUGUGUAGAAGAGCUUCACAGAACCAUGGCAUCCUAGCUCCUUUCUUGUCUCGCUUUCACGGCACGGAAGCCUUAGCACAAGAAAAGGAACCCAAGGUGAAAGGGCAUGAUAUGCUUGCACCUUUUACUUCAGGAUGGGAGAGCAACAAUGUUGGUCCAAUGAUUAUGGCAAGAUCUGAGGGUUCAUAUGUAUAUGACAAUAAUGGAAGGAAGUACCUUGAUGCUCUUGCUGGUCUAUGGUGCACAGCCUUAGGAGGAAAUGAAUCUCGGCUUGUGGCAGCUGCAACUAAACAACUAAAUACCUUGCCAUUUUACCAUUCCUUUUGGAAUCAUACUACCCAACCUUCUUUGGAUCUGGCAAAGGAACUACUUGAAAUGUUUACAGCUAGAAAAAUGGGAAAAGUGUUUUUUACAAAUAGUGGUUCAGAAGCUAAUGAUACUCAGGUGAAGAUAGUAUGGUACUAUAACAAUGCACUUGGAAGGCCAAAAAAGAAAAAGUUCAUUUCUCACUCAAAAGGGUAUCAUGGUACAACAUUCAUAGCAGCCAGUCUUUCAGGCCUUUCAUUUUUGCACGAGAACUUCGACGUUCCAGCUUCAUUCGUUCUACACACUGAUUGUCCACAUUACUGGCGUUACCAUCUUCCAGGUGAGACAGAGGAAGAGUUCUCAACCAGAUUAGCAAAAAACAUGGAAGACCUUAUACUUAAUGAGGGACCAGAGACAAUUGCUGCAUUCAUUGCUGAACCUAUCAUGGGAGCUGGUGGUGCAAUUAUUCCGCCUGCUACUUAUUUUGAAAAGAUCCAAGCUGUGCUUAAGAAGUAUGAUAUACUUUUUAUUGCUGAUGAGGUAAUAUCUGCGUUUGGAAGAGUAGGGGCAAUGUUUGGAUGUGAUAAAUUCAAUAUUAAACCGGACCUUGUAUCUCUUGCUAAGGCACUUUCAUCAGCAUACAUGCCUAUUGGAGCUGUUCUGGUGAGCCCUGAAAUCUCUGAUGUAAUUCAAUCUCAAAGCAGCAAGCUAGGUUGCUUUUCUCAUGGAUUUACUUAUUCUGGACACCCGGUCACAUCUGCUGUUGCACUUGAAACACUCAAGAUCUACCAGGAAAGGAAUAUUGUGGAGCAAGUAAAUAGAAUCUCCCAAAGAUUUCAAGAGGGAAUAAAAGCUUUCUCUGAUAGCCCUAUCAUUGGAGAGAUAAGGGGGACUGGCUUGGUGUCAGGCAUAGAUUUGGCAGAAAAUAAAUCAGCAAAUAACCCCUUCCCUCCUGAAUGGGGACUCGGCAAAUAUUUUGGAGCUGAAUGUCGGAAAAAUGGUUUGAUAGUACGAGCUGGAGGGGAUAAUAUAUCAAUGGCUCCGCCACUGAUAAUAUCUCCUGAAGAAGUUGAUGAGAUAAUCAGCACAUUUGGGAAAGCUCUGAAGGCUACAGAAGAAAGAGUGAAGCAAUUGAAGGCUCAGAAGUAGCUGCCAAUAGUUAAAAGACAAGCAAGGACUUGAAGCCUUCCAUCUUGCGAAAUCAUCAGACACCCUCCCUUUUGAUUCUCUGAUUCAUUCAAAUCUUUGAACGAUUUCUUUACAUUCUCCCGAUCUAAAAGGUAUGAAAAAUGAAAAUAGGGAUGAAGUUGAAGAAAGGUGUACCUGUCGAAGCUUUAAAAAGCUUAUGGCGUAAAAAGUGAUGGCUGCAGCUGCAACAAUCCCCAGCAUUGGAAACCUCUUUUCCUGCGGUUCAUCCAAUUUCCCUUCCUUCCUCUUUCUCACUAAAUCUGUAUUGGAGACUCGAUGCUUUGAUUUUAAGUUUCUAUGACCUACUACUUUUUAAAUUUUCAA